AGGCACUGCAAUUACCGGGUAAAUCUCAGUGUAAAAAUUUCCUGGUUUUCCUCACAAAAGCGAAAAAGAUGUUCCAAACAGCUUACAGCUUGCUUUCAUGGCUGUUGAAUGGUGGCAACCAGAAAGAUGGAUUCUUACCAGCGGCUUUCCCAUUUCUGGUUGCCAUGUUGGGGCUUUCGCUCUGGUACCUAUUUCUAAAGGCAAGGAAACCGAUGGCUCCAUUACCGCCUGGUCCCCUUGGGUUGCCAAUAGUGGGGUAUCUUCCAUUUCUUGGAUUCGAUUAUCUCCAUCUGGUCUUUACGGAGUUGGCCGGAGUUUACGGUCCUAUCUACAAACUUUGGCUUGGAAACAAGCUAAUCGUAGUAAUUAGCUCUCCAUCGCUUGUAAAAGAAGUGGUUCGUGACCAUGAUAUAACCUUUUCAGAGCGAGAAUCUCCCAUUGCUGCGCAGAUUAUUACCUUCGGCUCUAAUGAUAUUGCAUUCGACUCUUACAGCAGUCCCAGCUGGAAACACAAGCGCAAAAUUCUCGCAUCGAUGGAAAUGGUGGGGGAUGUGUAUGAAAACGUCGGUAAGCUGAUUGAUGUCGGUGAAUUGGCAUUUCGUACGUUAACCAGUUUGAUCGGCAACAAGGUGUGGGGAGGCGAAAUCCAAGGAGAGCAAAGGACUAUCGUGGAGAGUCAGUUCAAAAAGAUUUUUGCAGAGAUAAUGGUGUUUUUGGGAAAACCAAACAUUUCCGAUAUUUUUCCAUUGAUUGCUUGGUUUGACAUACAAAGCAUUGAGAGGGGAAUGAAGAAAAUCCGUCAAUCAUUCAAUGAAUUUUUGGAUUCAGUGAUUGAAGAAAGAAUGAAGAAGGAAACUGGUGAACAAAAAUCUGAUGUGUUACAGAUGCUAUUGGAUUUACAUAAGAACCAAGAUAGCCCUUCAUCACUUACAAUGAAUCAAAUCAAGGGUAUCCUAGUAAACAUUGUGGUGGCUGGAACAGAUACUACUUCGGGUUCAACAGAGUGGGCAAUGUCAGAGCUGAUGCAACAUCCAGAAAUAAUGGAGAAAGUGAAGGAAGAAUUAAAUGAUGUCAUUGGGGUAAACAAUACUGUUGAAGAGUUUCACUUGCCUAAUUUAAGAUACCUAAAUGCAGUGAUAAAGGAAACCUUCCGAUUACAUCCAGUGUUGCCGCUCCUUGUUCCCCGAUGUUCAGCCCGAUCGCUCACUGUGGGUGGCUAUACCAUACCAAAGGGUAGUAGGGUGUUCCUAAAUACGUGCUCCAUUCACAGGGACCCUAAUAUUUGGGACAAUCCUAUGGAAUUUCAACCUGAGAGGUUUUUAAAUGAGCCUGGAAAAUUAGAUUUCCGUGGAAAUGAUUUUUGAUAUUUGCCGUUCGGGUCCCGAAGGAGAAAGUGUCCAGGCAUUAACUUGGGGGAGAAGAUGUUAUCUUUCAUAUUGGCCCCAUUGCUGCAUUCUUUUGAGUGGAAAUUGCCCCAAGACGAAAAGGUUGACCUUUCUGGUAAAUUUGGAAUCAUUAUGGGUAAAAAGAACCCUUUACACCUGAUUCCCACAACUAAUCUUGAGCUAUACAAAAGAAAAUCGUAAACUAUUGAUAAUUGUCCAAUUUCUCUAUUUAUCAGUCAUAUUUUUCACCUUA